AUGAUCGGCCGUCGCUGGUGCCACGCCGUCGGGCAAGAGGUGAUUGCGUCGGUGGUGGCGCUGCAGGCGCUUCCGCCGACGCACGCGCUCAAGUUCAAGUGGGGCGGGCAGGUCGACGCCUUUGUGCUCUUGGACGAAGCCCGCCCGGUGGCUUUCGUCAACCAGUGCAGCCACGUAGCGCUCGAGAUGGACUGGAACGACGCCGAGUUCCUCGCGCAUGGCGUCAUCCAGUGCAAGGUUCAUGGCGCGCUCUUCGACCCGACCACCGGCGCAUGCUUGCGGCCGCCGCCCCGCUGCAAGAUGCUUCGGCAUUUGUUUCAGAUUCCCAUCGAGGUCGACGCCGACGGCAAUGUGGUCACAACAUCUUCGCCCACGACACUGCGACCGCGCGCCGAAGCGAUACCGCUGGACGACGCGUACCGGAGGCAGAAGCUCGCGCGCCUGCAGUCUGCGCUGGAGCACGAGGCCUCCGAGGCGCAGAUCGAAAUCGACCGAGUGAACGAGCGGGCGCGGCGCAUGGUUCAGCAAGCGCGGGAGGCCAAGUUGCAUAAGCCCAAGUAA